AUGGCUUCAAAAGGGGUUUCUGUAUCCUUUGUUACACCUGUUCUACAGGAUGGAAAAAAAAUUGCUCAAUUGCAGGAGGAUGAAAUGACUGAACUAACUGAGAAAUGGAAGUCCUCUAUGGUGAUGUAUGUGGUGGGGGAUUCCCCUACUAUAGCUUCUGUGAAGAGGUAUAUGGAAGGGAUGUGGAACUCUGUUACUCAACCUCAGGUGUUUUUCCAAGAUGAUGGUUACUUCAUCAUCAAGUUUAUGAACAUAGAGGAUAGAAACCAGAUCAUUGCAAGGGGUCCUUAUACCUUUUAUGGCAAGCCAGUGAUCAUAAAACCUUGGACAACAAACUUCAACUUCUAUGAAGAAGUUCUUAGGGUUAUCCCUUUGUGGGUGAGAUAUCCAAAUUUGCCUCUCAGCUGUUGGGGGUGUGACUCCUUAAGCAGGACUAGUAGUCUGUUAGGGGUGCCACUUUUUGCUGAUGAAUGUACUACUAGGCAAGAUAGAGUAUCUUUAGCUCGAGUAUUGAUAGAGAUGGACAUCACUAGUCCAUUGCCUGACCAUGUCUGGAUAGAGGAUUCAAAUGGGGAGGUGUUUAAGAAAGCAGUUACUUAUGACUGGAUGCAAAAUACUGUAAGGUCUGCUGUACUGCAGGCCAUGAUUGUGACAAGAAGUCUAAACCACCAGUGCCAAAACCUGUAA